AUGGAUAUAAGAUCUGUAAUAUUAGAGAAUGAUUUCGAUAGUGCAUCACCAGAAGAAUUACAAAAUUUCUUUGAAUCUCUAUUACUUUUACACUAUGGCAAAGAAGUAGAAAUGUUACUUGUUCAUCAAGAUACUUCAAAGUCUUAUUCAUUACCUGUAGAAUUUGCAAUGAUUGUCGAGGGUAGCGUUCCUGUUGGUACACUUCUUUUAGCAGACCCAAGUAGAAUGUUGCCUAUAUUCAAUGCAUCAUUAUUAUCUGCACAAGAAAAGUUAAGGGAACAUUAUGCAAGGAGAUUUAUGACAACUGGUAUAUGUAUAUUGGAUAGAUUCAUUCAAAAACCUACUGGUCCAUCCACAACAAAGAGACCCAAUCAAUCGAAUCCUCCUUCUCAAAACUCACCAUCACCUGCUCAUCCACAACACAACUUUAAACAACCAAAGCCACCAAUCUCUAUUCAACUAGGUCAAUUGGUUGUUAAAGAAAAGUGUGCUGUACGUGUUCACAGUCUACCAGAUUAUAGAGAGGCAAAGAGAUCAUCUCUUCCAAGGUCUUCAGAUUAUGGAAUGUUUGUAGAGUUUAGAGGAACCGUUGUUAGAGCUGUUGCACCAAAAGUAUUGGAAAAGACAAAGGAAUUUGCAUGUUUAAAAUGUGGACAUCGAUUUGAUGCACAAAUAGAUUUCGAACAACAAAAUAACUUUUCACUUCCAAAGAAAUGUCCAAAUCCUGAUAAAAAUUGUGUUGCAUCAUUCUUUAAACCAUCAGAGGCACGUGGAGUACAUUGUGAUUAUCAAGAGAUUAAAAUUCAAGAACAAAUACAUCAUUUGGCAGCUGGUAGCAUACCAAGGUCAAUAGUAGUUUUACUACAAGACGAUUUGGUAGAUAGUUGUCAAGCUGGCGAUGAUCUAACAGUCAGUGGUGUGGUGGCAAGAAGAUGGAGUCCAAUUAGAAAUAAUGACAGACCAGACCUAGAGAUGGUACUUGUAGCAAAUCACAUUCGUAUCAUGAACGAGCAAAAACAUAAUGAAGGUCUAACAGAAGAGCUUAGGAGCAUAUUUGAAGAUUAUUGGAUGCGAUACGACAAUAGUCCACUCGAGGGUAGGGAUAAAAUAAUUCGUCAGGUUUGUCAAGGUGUUUGUGGUAUGUUUGUUGUUAAACUAGCAUUACUUUUGGUUGUCAUUGGAGGAGUUCCCGUUAGAGACAAGGUUAAUGGUACAAAUAGAAGAGGAGAAUGUCAUAUGUUGUUGGUAGGAGAACCUGGAACUGGUAAAAGUCAAUUUUUAAAAUUUGCAACCAAAAUUGCAAGUAGAUCAGUUUUGACAACUGGUAUUGGAACGACCAGUGCAGGUUUAACGGCAGCAGCAGUAAAUGCAGGAGGUGGAGAAAUGGCUUUGGAGGCAGGUGCAUUGGUAUUGGCCGAUGGUGGAGUGUGUUGUAUCGAUGAGUUUAGUGGCAUCAGUUCAUCAGACAGUGCAACAAUUCACGAAGCAAUGGAACAACAGACAAUAUCGAUAGCAAAAGCUUCCAUUGUUACGACACUCCACACAAGAACUAGUAUCAUCGCUGCUACCAAUGCCAAGGGAAAGUAUGAUCCCGAGCAGAGUUUAAUGGUAAACACUAAUUUGGGAACGGCUCUUCUCUCUCGUUUUGAUAUUAUUAUGAUCAUUACCGAUGAAAUAGAUGAUGAGUGGGACAGAUAUUUGUCAGAUUUUAUCCUCAAUCAAGCAAUGAAUAUCAACAAUACCAAUCCCAAAGUCCCUAAAUUGGAUGGCGACGAAGCUCUUUGGAACAUUGAAACCAUUCAAUCUUAUGUCCACUAUGUCAAAUCUGCUUUCCAACCAAUGUUUUCUCAAGAAGCCAGACAAUUGAUCACAUUGUACUAUGAAAAGCAAAGAGGUUCUGCCGAUCGUAACGAAGCUCGUGUCACAACAAGAUUACUUGAAUCAUUGGUUCGACUUGCCCAGGCACAUGCACGCCUCAUGUUUAGAAAUGUAGUCGAAGUUCAAGAUUCUAUUAUGGCUAUCUAUUUGUUGGAGUGCUGUGCCGAGUCGGCAUGUAUUCUCACCAACCUCAAUCCCCAAAAAUCGGUGCACCCUGAAGAUCCAGACGCCGCAUAUCGUUUGUUGGAGAAUGCAAUUAAACAAAAUUUGGGCCUCUCUAUAAUCUCUACAACAACAAAACAGAAAAGACAAAAAUCAAAUCCAAUAAGACCUACUCACACAACAAAUUCAAAUUGGGCAAAUAAUGAUGAUGACGAUGAUGAUGAUGAUGAUGAUGAUGAAGAACAAGAACAAGAAGAAGAGGUACAAUAUAAUGAUUCUGGAUGGGAGGUAGAGGAAGAAGAAAUGGAGUAUGAAGAAAUGGAACCUUUGAUCCAAGAGGUCAUGCAAGAGGAAAUUCAGGUCGAGGAGGAGGAGGUUCCCAACAACUUUGCUCAUAUGGAAGAUGAAAUUUUCGAAUCGUCACCACCCAAGCCACCAAUUGUUGUAGAUACAGUUAGAUCAAAUCAUUCAUCUCUCUUAUCAUCACAUCUUGAUAAUAGUAGGACAAAAGCAACGGGAAUAACAAAUACAAACAACAAAAGGAAUAUGGAGUCACAAGAAAAGAUUAGUUUUGAACAAGAAUUUGACAAGUUUCAAGGUGAUGAUGCAACCGUCGCCGAAACAUGGGAAGACGAUGAUGACAAUAUUGAAUUCUCUCCGAAUCAAUCACAGAUCAAACCAACAACAACGACAAAUACUACAACAACAACAAAGCCUUCACUCAUUUCUACUAUCAGCUCAACCCAAAAACAACCAAUAUCUAUGGCACCAAACAUUGAACAAGAUAAUGAUGAGGAACUAGAUGAUUUGGAUUGGAAUGAUUAA